UAUUUUUUUAGCCUGGUGAAUGACUAAGCUGUUUCAAUCUUUCCAUCAUUGACAUAUUUGUAAAGCAUUCAACAAUAGUGAGUGGAGGUGCAACGGAAACCGUUCAAUGCAAAGCAGACAUUUGUUAUUUCAGAUGUUUCAUUUUCGAUAAACCUGAAUUUUAGGUAAUCUUCCUUUGUGUGUUUCUCAUGUAUGCAGCAAUCUUGGGUUCUUCGUCUUCUGAUAGACUUAACUUAAACCCGACGCCACCCUGUUUCCCGAAGUUAAUGUCUCACAACGGAGGCAAUGCUAUGGGAUCUCUACGACUAGGGAAAUAUACAAGGUGGUUCAAUGAUGUUAAUUCAAGUGAAAUCUCUGACAAAUGCGAAGACAUCCUUAAGCUCCUAUCAAACACUCAUGGUUGCGAAGUAGUGGAAAUAGUGGUUCCUGAAGUAGAAGAGAUGCGUGCAGCUCAUGUUGUGUCCAUCGGAUCUGCGGCACUGCGUUCUCUUACUCCUUACUGUGAGGCUGGGAAAAAUUCAAAAUUAUCUUAUGAUACUCGCACCAGCUUUGCGAUCUUCCGGUCUUUCUCUGCUUCAGACUAUAUUUCUUCUCAAUGUAUUAGGCGAAGAUUGAUGGAGUAUCACAUGGAUAUCUUCAAAGACGUUGAUGUUAUUGUGACCCCUACAACUGGCAUGACAGCCCCCGUGAUACCCCCUGACGCUCUGAAAAAUGGAGAAACCAAUUUUCAAGUGACAGCUUAUUUGAUGCGAUUUGUUGUAGCUGCAAACCUCCUGGGCUUCCCAGCCAUAUCUGUACCCAAAAAAAAAACGCAGGUUGGGUAUGAUAAGGAAGGGCUUCCAAUAGGAUUACAAAUAAUGGGAAGACCUUGGGCUGAAGCUACCGUCCUUGCUUUAGCUGCUGCUGUUGAGGAACUUGCUCCAGUUACCAAGAAGCCUGCUGUGUUUCACAAUCUUCUCAAUACAAACAGAGUCCAUACUGAUUUGUCAGAGAAGUGAAAAGGCAAAGAGUUCUCUCUGAAUGGGAUAUCAUUUAUCUCCAUUACAUUUGAUUGAUUGGUGUGUAUUUUCAGGUUAAGUAACCUGACAUUGUUUAUAAAGAUUAGAAGCAAUAAGUUGUCUUGUAGCUGCAGAUAAGACCAAUGGACGAUUGUUUUGCUAUAAAACGUGUUGUAUAUUUAUGAUUGAUAAAUUUGAAAAAGAGAUGUAUACUGUGCGUA